AUGGAGGAGGUGCAGAGGAGUCGCGCGGGUUACUUCCGUCUCCCGGAGAGCGCCGGCUACCCCCGCGUUGUAGCCCCUCUCCUGGGGCGGCGAGCGCUCCCCCCGGCCCCGGCCGCGGCCGCGGCCCUCCCGCCCCGGCGGAGCCGCGCGGUGGAUUGUGGGCUGGGGGCUGCGGCGGCCUGGCGGCGGCCUCCGGCGCUGCCUCCCCCCGACCUAGUCGGGCUGAGCCGGGUCGGCGGGGCAAGGAGAAGCAGUGAACAGGGAGCAGAGGCGCUAAGGGUUGUGGUCGCGGCGGCGGCGGCUCCUCUGGAGGCCGGGGAUGUGGGAGAGGCGGUGGCAGCAGCGGCGGAGGCGGCGCUGCGGACCCGGGGGAAACUGCUGGCUGACAGGACACCCAGGAGAGACGUGAGGGAGCCGCCGCUGCCGCCUCUCACCCCAGAGCGGAGCUGGGCUCAAGAGGGCCGCCCUGUGCUCCCCCGGCUGACGGGCCAGCCGGCGCGGGGCGGGGGCGGGGGCGGGAAGGAGGGCUCGGGCCCGGCCGGGCUCCGGGCGGCGGCGGCCGCGGAGCAGCAGCCUCGGCGCGACGUGGAGGGCUGGAGGCAGCGACGAUGCACUAGGCCUCGCUCUGGGGCGGCUGCCCGGGACCCGCAGGAUAUGUAAUCUAGAAGUGGAAAUUAAAGUAACUUUUGAAGGGAGGAGAGGUACGUAGAAUACACAGGAAAAUGGAAACAUCAAGAAGUUCACAGUC